AUGGACGCCAAGCAUGAAGAAUACGCAUCGACGCUGAAAGUCAACCACUUCAAGCCAGAAAACGUCCCAUGGCGAAGACUCGGCCAGUAUUUUUGGCGGCCCAUUGAAGACGGCUCAAACACGCAGUAUCGUCUGGGCGUUAUCGAAAGCCUGAUCCCGCCGCGCAGUGACGGCCCGGUUUUCCAUUUUCAUGAAAUGCACGAUGAAGGAUUCUAUGUGACGAAAGGCAAAGUCCGCUUCCACGUCCCCGGCAGGCCGAGCGUGGAUGUCGCGGCCGGCGAGAUGGUCACGGUCCCCGUCCGGCUGCCACACAAGUUCAGCAACCCGUUUGACGACGAGGCCGUCUUCAUAAACACCGCAACCCCUGGCUUCUUCGUGCGAUAUUUCGAGCAUCUCGAGAACCUGAUUGGGGAGGGAAAGGUCCUGACACCCGAGGUCAAUGCCGAGGCCUUGAAGAGAUUUGCCACUAUUCCGCUGGCACCUGGAGAUGUCGAGCGAUUGGAAGAGACGGGCAUGGCGGGUGAAAAAACGCAAAGGCCAACAACGAAGUAA